AUGUCAAAAGACAAUGGAAGCUCCACCAACAAAAACAUGAAUAGCAACGUUUUAUCCAUAUUGUUUCGUGAAGAUUUUGGCUUUGAAAACAUCUUCUCCGUCAUCCUGGCUUUCGGAGAUCCAUCUAUUGUGGAUUUUGCUAAUGAGGCUGUCUCCUGCUUCCAGUGUCUUGAGUCCUGUCUUGAGUCCGCCACUCGUUGA